UGCCCUAUGAUUGACAUCAUGUCAGCCCCAGUUACAGAACCCUAUCCACAAACCAUGCAGCCCUCCGUAAGUGAUAUCGUCUCACAGAAUCUCACUCCACCGGAAGAAACUCCGAACGAAAAGAAAGCAAGGCUCGCCAGAAAGCGACAGGCACUGUACAAUGCCAGGAAGCGCCUCGCGGGAGCAGCUCCUACGCUGGCAGCUGUACAGGACGACCAACAGGCUGUACCUUCAACUUUGGCCGGGUCAUCCUUAUCAGGAGCUUCAGCAAUCUUGCAACAACAACAACUACGAAAGAAUAUUGACGAUGAUUUGCUCAAUGAAAUCGCUGGACGGUACUCCACCCCACCGGAUGAAACACCACCCGAGAAGAAGGCAAGGCUCGCCAGAAAGCGACAGGCACUGUACAAUGCCAGGAAGCGCAUGGUGCAAACUCCGAAUGUCGCAACUGUCAACCGCGCCCCAGCACCAGCAUCAGCACCAGCACCAGUACCAGCACCAACAGCAGCAUUGGUAGACCCAACUGCAGCAGUUGCUAUCCGAGUGCCAAUACAUCAGCAGCUACAAACAUACGUGCGCCAUCUUCGCGACCAUGAAGCAGAUCAGCAGCGACAAUUCAUAGCCCGGCGUCGUAUGACCGGCCAUCUGAGAAUAGCACAUGGGAACCAUGAGUCGUACAGUUGUCCCUCGCUUCAUACGCUUGCACCACGCGUGCCUUGCAAUUUCUGUUCCGCUCUCAAGUGGCCUGGAGAGCCGCCCUCUUAGUGCUGCAACAGUGGACAAGUUGUGCUUCCACCGUUUCCCGAACCGCCAGCAGAGUUGCGCCAACUAUUUGACGUGCCGCAAUUUCUGCUCAACUUCCGGCGAUACAAUAAUGCGUUUGCCUUCACCUCUAUCGGUGCCUCAAUACGAGGAAAUGACCCA